ACUCUGGACAGAAAGCAGAAUGUCUAAUUUGUUCAGGUGACACAGGAACACUUGCAAGCUAAUACUAAUUCUUGCACGUUAAUGCUGGUAAUUUGUAUCCCACUCUUUAACAUACACAAAGCAGGUAAGAGGGUGACAGAUGCAGCUAUGGUUUAAAUCUUACUGCUAUUUCAGGGUUGGCUUGAAGUUUCACUUUCGAUUCUGUGACUUGCAGAGCAUAUAUAUUUGCAUGACUCAUGCAGAGUGCAGAAAAAUUUCCAGCUCAAAUAUAACACUCCUUAUGGAACUAAUGUCACAAGAAAAAAAUUGUAGCAGUGGCCAACAGCUAACUGUUGAGCAGCUGAAGCGAAUAGAGCAGAAGAGAUGUGAAGCUAUGAGGAGGCUUGCUGCUCGUAAUGAUCCUAUGCCCAUUGGAGAGAGCUGGCGCAACCACAUCGGGACUGAAUUCACCAAACCUUACUUCACUGAGCUGAUGUCUUUUGUUGCUGAGGAGAGGAAACAUUUCACUGUCUAUCCAAGCAAAGAGCAAGUCUUCUUUUGGACAAAUGUGUGUGCAUUUGAGGCUGUGAAAGUGGUCAUCCUUGGCCAAGACCCGUAUCCCAGAAAAGGUCAGGCUCAUGGUCUGUGCUUCAGUGUACCGAAGCCUUCACCACCACCUCCAAGCUUGGAAAAUAUAUUCACUGAACUUGCAAUAGAUAUCAAGGACUUUCAACACCCUGGCCAUGGGGACCUGACAGGAUGGGCUAAACAAGGUGUUUUGCUUCUGAACUCCGUCCUGACUGUGAGAAGCAGAGAGCCGACAUCCCACCAGGGUUGGGGAUGGGAGGAGUUUACUGAUGCUGUGGUUCAGAGCCUAAGUAGGAAUUUAAAAGGCCUGGUCUUCCUUCUGUGGGGAUCAUAUGCUCAGAGAAAAGGCAAAUUCAUUGAUAGAUCGCAGCAUCAUGUCCUUGAGACAAGCCAUCCCUCACCAUACUCUGCUCACAUGGGGUUUUUUGGAUGCAGACACUUCUCAAAGACUAACAUCUUACUUAGGGCAUCUGGAAAGACACCAGUUGAUUGGAACGCACUGUGACCAGAGUACUUUUUGAAAUAUUUUUAAAUGUUACUAUGGGUAAAAAUGUAAACAUUCAGUAUAAUCAUAAUGUUAAAUGUGUGGGAAAAUGUUACUGAUGGUAUAUACAGUGGAUAUAAAAAGUCUACACACCCCUGUUAAAAUGCCAGGUUUCUGGUGAUGUAAAAAAAUGAUACCAAGAUAAAUCAUUUGAGAACUUUUUCCACCUUUAAUGUGACCUAUAACCUGUACAACUAACCUGAAAAACAAACUGAAAU